AUGGCAGCAUCAGAUAUGUGGAGUAACGAAAGCGUGGGAGUUCAUGACAAUACGGAUUUGGAGGCGAAAGAUUUGCCUGAAACCAUCCUAAGCCACUUUAUAGAGAGAAGGCUAACGAAGCGGCUCAAAGAAGAAAGACGCCAAACCGCAGAGGCUACUGGGAAGAGCCUUGAUGAUGUAUCACUACCAGAUGAUCUUACUCUCAGGGUCGUGUUCUCAGCUGACAAAAGCACACAUAUCAACAAAACAUUUGCGGAUUUUCUUCACGACGAACACUAUCCUAGUGAAUUCCCUUACAGAUCGAAGGUGAUUCUUCUGUUUCAGAAAAUUGAAGGAGUUGAUGUAUGCAUAUUUGCGUUGUUAGUCCAAGAGUUUGGAUCGGAAUGUAGUCAACCAAACAAACGCAGCGUAUACAUCUCUUAUCUCGACUCCGUCAAGUACUUUAGACCCGAGAGAGUAACGUUUUCAGGAGAAGCUCUUCGAACUUUCGUUUAUCAUGAAAUACUGAUUGGAUAUCUUGAGUAUUGUAAGUUUCGAGGUUUCACAACGGGUUAUAUAUGGUCGUGUCCACCUCAGAAAGGAGAAGACUUCGUUAUGUACUCUCAUCCUAAGACUCAGCAAACCCCCAGCACUAAGAAGCUUCGUGAAUGGUAUGUGUCAAUGCUGGAUAAAGCCAAGGAGCAGAGCGUGGUGACGAAUGUUACAAACUUGUAUGAUCGGUUCUUCGUUCCGACAUGCAAUAUUACAGCUGCACGGUUGCCUUACUUUGAAGGAUCUUUCUGGUCCUCUAGUGCUGAGCUUCUGAUGAGUCAAGAAACCGAGAGUGGAGUCGAGAAUGUUAAAUCACUUUCUAGAAGAGCACUAAAGGGCAACAAAAUUAAGGACUCCAAUGAUGCUAAAAAUAUUCUCCUGAUGCGAAAGCUUGGAAUACGGAUAUCAAACCAAAAGGAGGAUUUCAUCGUGGUGGACUUGCAUUAUACAUGCACACGAUGCUCGGAGACCAUAUUGUCUGGAUUGAGAUGGUUUUGCAAGAAGUGCAAGGAUCUUCAAUUGUGUCAAAGAUGUCAUGAACUAGAAGAAGAGCUUCUUGGGGAACACACACAUACUAUGAACGGGGAGGAGCACUCGCUUUCACAGGCCAUUAUGAACAUACAGUCUACAACAGAAGAUAAUGAUGUCAUCCUAGGAAACAACACGUUCGAAAGCAGACAAAUGUUCUUAAGCUUCUCUCAGAAGCAUAACUACAGAUUCGACACUCUUCGACGCGCCAAGAACUCUUCUAUGAUGAUACUUCACCAUCUUCACACUUCAAACAAGCUUCACCAGUCUCAGAUAUCCAGUGGUGCUCUCCUUCAAGUAGUGACCUGCACGUCCUGCCAAAAGGAUGUUUCGACAACGAUUUACUACACUUCUUUGUGCUGUCCAUCUUACCGAGCUUGCACUUCAUGCUAUAGCAAUAGUAAAUAUCUUCGUCUGCGUCAUCUCUUCCCCGUAACCCCUUGUAUUCACGGAAUACCGCCUAGAACUGUAGUGGUGAGUAGCAAGCAGAUCUACGGCCGCUGUUGUGCGAAGGAGCAGUUCGCUAUGAGAGGUUUGAGGUAA